GCAGCAGCAGCAGCAGCAGCAGCAGCAGCAGCAGCAGCAGCAGCAGCAGCAGCAGCAGCAGCAGCAGCAGCAGCAGCAGCAGCAGCAGCAGCAGCAGCAGCAGCAGCAGCAGCAGCAGCAGCAGCAGCAGCAGCAGCAGCAGCAGCAGCAGCAGCAGCAGCAGCAGCAGCAGCAGCAGCAGCAGCAGCAGCAGCAGCAGCAGCAGCAGCAGCAGCAGCAGCAGCAGCAGCAGCAGCAGCAGCAGCAGCAGCAGCAGCAGCAGCAGCAGCAGCAGCAGCAGCAGCAGCAGCAGCAGCAGCAGCAGCAGCAGCAGCAGCAGCAGCAGCAGCAGCAGCAGCAGCAGCAGCAGCAGCAGCAGCAGCAGCAGCAGCAGCAGCAGCAGCAGCAGCAGCAGCAGCAGCAGCAGCAGCAGCAGCAGCAGCAGCAGCAGCAGCAGCAGCAGCAGCAGCAGCAGCAGCAGCAGCAGCAGCAGCAGCAGCAGCAGCAGCAGCAGCAGCAGCAGCAGCAGCAGCAGCAGCAGCAGCAGCAGCAGCAGCAGCAGCAGCAGCAGCAGCAGCAGCAGCAGCAGCAGCAGCAGCAGCAGCAGCAGCAGCAAGCAGCAGCAGCAGCAGCAGCAGCAGCAGCAGCAGCAGCAGCAGCAGCAGCAGCAGCAGCAGCAGCAGCAGCAGCAGCAGCAGCAGCAGCAGCAGCAGCAGCAGCAGCAGCAGGCAGCAGCAGCAGCAGCAGCAGCAGCAGCAGCAGCAGCAGCAGCAGCAGCAGCAGCAGCAGCAGCAGCAGCAGCAGCAGCAGCAGCAGCAGCAGCAGCAGCAGCAGCAGCAGCAGCAGCAGCAGCAGCAGCAGCAGCAGCAGCAGCAGCAGCAGCAGCAGCAGCAGCAGCAGCAGCAGCAGCAGCAGCAGCAGCAGCAGCAGCAGCAGCAGCAGCAGCAGCAGCAGCAGCAGCAGCAGCAGCAGCAGCAGCAGCAGCAGCAGCAGCAGCAGCAGCAGCAGCAGCAGCAGCAGGGCCAGGAGGACCGCUGCACUGUAGAGACGUGCGGUAACAAAAAUAGCACACUCCAGCUGCCACUGAGGGAAAAUUUGAAAAUGUUGGUGGGCGACCAGAGUGUAUCUCAGUGA